CUGGACUCCCUCCCUCAAGGCUUUCUGCUCCUCUCAGAGAGGUUUGGGCUGGUUCUCAGAAGGGUUUUCGCAGCAUGAUCACAGCUGCAUAGUGAACAUAAUGAAUACAACAAACACACUGUUAGAUGAAAGGGUGCAAGGUUUUGCUUCCAGGUUACGGCACUGGCCUGCUGAAGACAAUUCUGUAUCCCAAGGUUGAUCCUAGCAGGAAUAUCCUACCGGCUUCCGGAAAUCAUGUCAAUAGGAUCACAUUCAUUCUCUCCAGGAGGUCCUAAUGGGAUUAUCAGGAGCCAGUCCUUUGCUGGCUUCAGCGGUCUGCAAGAGAGACGCUCCAGGUGUAAUUCUUUUAUUGAAAAUUCCUCUGGGCUCAAGAAGCCCCAAGCAAAGGUGAAGAAAAUGCAUAAUUUGGGCCACAAGAACAGCACCACCCCCAAGGAGCCCCAGCCCAAAAGAAUGGAAGAGGUCUACAAGGCCUUGAAGAAUGGCCUGGACGAGUAUCUGGAAGUGCACCAGACAGAGCUGGACAAGCUGACUGCUCAGUUAAAAGACAUGAGAAGAAACUCACGCCUGGGAGUCCUGUACGAUUUAGAUAAGCAAAUCAAAGCAGUUGAACGAUACAUGAGGAGGCUGGAGUUCCACAUCAGCAAGGUAACGAGCACCCCAAGCAUGUCAUACAUUAGAAAAAACAGCCCUGGGCCUACUACUGCCCCCUCCCUCCACCUUCCAGGGAGGUGGAUUUGACAAAGCCUCUCCCAGAUUCAAUAUUUUUGCUCUAACAGCUUGGUGGUCAGAGAUAAAGAGGGUUUUCAUUGGUAACCUCUGAUAUCCAGCUGCUCUCUGUGCCCCACAACACUCCCAUGCACUUUUAGCCGUAUUGAGAACAUGGGAGCAGAUGCUUUCUUGGGCAAGUCUCUCAGAGCGAGCUUAUUUCUAAACUAUAGGUAAAAGUGGAGUUACAGUUGAAAGUCACCUAGUUCUCCAGCUGUAACUCCAUGGCACACCACACCUAGGAUGUUUUAGCUGGUCUUGGUCAUCUUGUACAUCUGCUGCUGCAUGGUUUGGUGGGCUCACAUCCUCUUGAUUGCAUUGGCGAGAAUGAGUGUCUUGUACCCAGUGGAAGUACUUUGUGGUUUAUACCUAUACAAUUUAGAAUUGGAUGAGGCCCACGACGUGCGUUCUCUUGGUUAUAAACAUAUCUGCUAGUUAUUAGUUACUUUUCUAAGCCUGACAAAAGAAGGAAUUAUUUUUGACAGAGGAAAUGCGUUUUGAGAGCCAUUUGAAAAGCAUUCAUGCAGCUUGAAGUACUCCAAUUAUGAUAGCCCAUCCAAACCUUUUAAUUUUGUGUUCUCUUACUCUGAGAGCUAAAAAAGUCAACAGGCAGUAGGCUGAAAUUUUGUUCCCCCAGCCGCUUUCUUUCUUGCUGGCAACAUGAAUGGCAAAAUUACUGCUUGGAGAACAUUUCCAUUCAAGGUCUUCCCACUCCAGCCUUUUAGAGCUAAUGGUUUCUAUGCUUAUAAUAGGAUUGAAAGGCACCAAAUGCAAGAGGAUAACACUGGUCACCUGAGCACAUUAGUUUUCUUCCUGUAACCCACAGCAACAGAGGCAAGAGGAGCAGAGUUGCAUUGCAUUAAAACUUGUGGGCUUGUUCAGGUGACAGCACAGUUUUGUUUCAGAUGCUGGAGGGCUCUUUCAACCCUAUGCUAAACAAGGGCACCCUCUGUAUGGGAAGCAAAGGGUGGGAAACAGCGUGCAGCAGCAGACCACACAUUUAUCAGGGCAGAUAAGUAUGUUCUCGCUGGAGAUAGCAGCACGAGGUCAGUGCUCCACCCUGAUGGCAGGAGUCAACUCCAAGAAAUGGCAAUUUAUAGGAGCUGUUUUUAGCACAGGGAACUGUGCUGACUUAGAAGUGGUAAAGUGGCGGGUACAUCGCAAAGAAAAUUUUUCCUGUAACUCUGAAAUGUCAAGAUGCUGCCUAUGGCUUCCAUUACUCUUUGCUGCACCAUUUCACUUGCAGAGUAGUUCCCAUGUUGGUUGGAGAACCAACAAUAAGGGCUUCUGCUAUCAGGAAUAUAAGUCUGCCUUGUAGGAGUCAACAUUGUGCUUUGAAGAAGUCAGGAAGAGCAGGCCCACUCCAAACAAAUAAUCAGUGACAUCUUUUGCUAGAGAUUAAGCAGGCUUAAAAA